ACCACGUGAGGGUAAAAACAUGUGUAUGUGUUUUGGACAUUUUCAGCAGAUGUAGGCUGUAUUUUCUCAUAAUCUUUAAGUUAUUUUACCGGAUGGCUUUUGUUUCAAAUAGCCAGCGAGGUAAAAAUGGAACCUACGUGUUCUCUAGUAGACCCAGACCUGUUGAGAGCCGAUCCAAAUGCAGUUCUGGGUCCCCCACAGAGCAAUCUCAGUAUGGAAGUAUUAUGUAUGAUCGGCGUGUCAUCAGGGGAGGCAGCCGUUCACAACACGUGUUGCCGGCCAAGUCAGCAAUGCAGGCCGCCGACAUCCAGCAACAGCACAGCUUCCGGGGGAGGUCUGUGGAUCUCAUGCGGUCCAGAGAAGCGUGGUUCAAGUCUGGUGACGCCGUUCCCGGUAGAAAACACGUUGACGUGCAAACCGAGUCUUACCUGGAAGAGCUGAGUCUCAUUUUGGUGACUAAAAAUAUCGACUGCCAAACUGAUAGCUUCCUCGAUCGACCCGCAUCUCCGCUCUUCAUCCCUGCCAAAUCCGGCGAUGACGUCGCCACGCAGAUCGAGGUGGGGGAGCUGUUCGACUUCGACCGGGAGGUGCAGCCGUUGUUGGAGGUCCUGGUGGGGAAGACCAUUGAGCAGUCCCUCCUGGAGGUUCUGGAGGAGGAAGAACUCGCCUGCCUGAGGGCCCAGCAGAGGGCCUUCGAGCAGCUGAGAAAUGCUGAGUUGGCGGAGCUGCAGCGCCUGCAGGAACAGGAGCGGCGGCGCAACGAAGAGAAGGAGUGCAGGAUCGCCCAGCAGAGGGAGGCAGUGAGGAAGGAAAAAGAAACCUCAGAGAUGAUCGCCGCUCAGGCGUGUGCGCAGCAGUUUUUGUCCAAACUUUUCCCCGCGGUCUUUGCCUCACUGAGGAGACACGGAUACUUUUACGACCCCGUAGAAAGAGACAUCGAAACCAAUUUCUUCCAGUGGCUGAUGGUGGCGGUAAACGACACUCUGGAGAAAAGGAACUCAGCCAGACUGUUGCUGGACACCAUUAUCCAUGAUAUUGCUGUGACCAGACAGGACUUCUUUGCGGACCUGGAGCCGAUCAAACUUGACAAAUAGACUUGAAAACGAGAUUCAAGGAACCUGCUUUUUAAAAAACACCAAUUGUCACUCGUGGAAACAUCAAAAUCAAUUUAAAUUGAAUUUGAUGUUGUAAAAAGUGUAAAAUAUGUUUUUGUAAUAUAAUUGUUUAUGUUUAGGAAUGGAAUGAUUUUCAUGACAAAAUAUAUUAGCCAAUCCUCAUAAUCGGUACCAAUUUGCUCAAAAAUAAACUUUUUUUCAUAUUUAAUCUGACAUUAAAGUACUCAA